ACCAGAGUAUUUGAUGUUAUUUUCACGAUAGUAUUUUUCCCAAUGAGGUGAAAUAUUGUCUGACAAAUCAUCUGACAAAGCAUCUAGGAGUGAUAAUUCAACAAGGAGGAAAUAUAACCUUAGAAAGGAUUGUAAAAAGGACAUUCCUGAACCUAGGCCUACUGCAGCUAGGAAUAUGGCUACGAAACUGGACAUUACCGACCACACGUCAGAUACAAUCCCGAGUCGCACGGCGCCGGUCAACGGCCAAUCUGAUGUCCCGUCAGCUGGUCAGCCAAGCGAGAAGUCAACUACGGAGGACAAUGAUCUGAAAUAUGCCAUAAAACAGCAAAUAACUGAGGCAUUGAGGUCUAAUGAGGUAAUUAACACUAUCUCCGAAGCCAUUUAUGAUGUUAUUGAGCAACGUUUGGAGAGGAAAAUUACUUCUAAAGUGUAUGAGGCGAUAAACAUGGAUCUAGAUCAGAAAUGUAGUGAAAUAAAGAGGCUUGAGAAAGAGGUGAGAACUCUGAAAACAUCAGUAAAAGCAAUGGAAAGUGCAAAUGAUGAUGCUGAGUAAUACAGUAGAAGAAAUUGCCUUAUACUACAGGGAGUAAAUGAAUCACCUAAUGAAAACACAGAUACGAAAGUUCUUGAAAUCAUAAAUCAAAACUUGGGAAUCAACAUCAGCCCCGAGGCAAUCGACAGAUCACAUCGGAUCCACCGGCGUCUGAGCGUCCAUGACAACCAUGACAACCAAGCGUCCCUGGAUCAUGAACAAAGACCUACUUAUACUGACGCUGUGCAACGAAGCAGUCCAAGAGCUAUUAUUGUCAAGUUCAUCCGCUACAAUGACCGCCAAUCCGUGUAUAAAGCUCGGACGAAGCUCAGGCACGCUCGAGGUAUGAGGGUGUUCAUACGGGAGUCAUUGACCAACAAACGCGUUCAGUUAUACCGGGAAACACUGCAAAACGAUAACACUAAGUCAGUCUGGUCACAAGACGGAAAGAUCUAUGCUCUAACCAAGGAAAACAGACGUGUUCAUAUCAAUUCUAGACACGAUAUUGAGAAACUGUAAGCCUUGUGUGUGAAUGGGAACAAUGUCUAGAAUUAUCCCUCUAUAUGGUUAUUGCAUAUCCAUGUAUAAUUUGCUGUAAAAACGUAUACUACAACCAGAAUGCACUUUUGUGUGUCAAUUGCACCAAAUGGUGUCAUCUUACAUGCUCCCGAGAGAAUAUGAAUUUGUUUUUAAGUGCACAGGACUGGAUUUGCCCUAAAUGUUAUUUUAAUGAACUACCUGGUAACAUUUUUGAUGAAGAUAAAAACACAGAACCAUUGGAUAAUACAUUGUUGAAUAAUCAAAGAGAUGGAAAUGAUGUCGAUACAGAAAUUGAAUUAUUUCGUUUUGAAAAGGGGAUGAGAAUUGCUCAUUUGAACUGUAUUUCAUUAACUAAAAAUCUAGAUGAAAUAAGAUUACUUGUAAAGAAAUCUGACAUGGAUAUAUUGACAUUAAGUGAGACACACCUAAACGAGAAUAUAUGUGAUACUGAGAUUGGUUUGGAUAAUUUCGACAUCAUAAGGAAAGAUAGAAAUCGCUCAGGUGGUGGGAUAGCUAUAUACAUAAAAAGUUCCAUAAACUAUUCAGUGCGGAAUGAUAUAACUGAAUAUGAUCUGGAAAUGAUUGUACUGGAAAUCAAACGGUUAAAGGUAAAGCCAUUCUUUGUAGUUGUGUGGUAUAGACCCCCUAAUUCUAAUGUUGAUAAAUUUAAUUUAUUUGAAAAUGUACUUCUCAAAUUAGAUAGAUUAAAGCACGAUUAUGUUAUUCUCGGUGACAUAAACUGUGACAUGUUGGCAACUCGUUGUUCUUGGCAAACUAAACACCUACAAGAACUAAUGGAUACCAUGGGAUUGGCCCAAGUCAUAAACUCACCGACAAGGGUUACCGCCACAACCUCUACGUUGGUAGAUUUGAUACUUACUAAUAACAAAACUAAAAUAAGAAAUGUAAAAGUUGUACCUAUUUCACUGAGUGAUCAUUAUAUGAUUUGUUGUAUUUGGGGUAAACAAUCACAACACAAAGAUGACGCACAUAAAUAUAAAUUGUCAAGGAAUAUUGGAAAAAUUAAUAUGACACGUUACGAUGAAGAUAUAAGAUCAAUUUCCUGGGAAUCAGUUUAUAACUCUAUGAAUGUUAAAGAUGCCUAUGAUUUGUUUGAAGAUGCAUUAAAAUGUAUAAUUGAUAAGCAUGCCCCACUUAAACGUACUCGAGUAAAGAAGAUUGAAUCACCGUGGAUUAAUGAAGAUAUAAUUCAAACUAUUCGUAAACGUAAUGAAGUAAAAAAUAAAGCAAAGCAUACCAAAUCAGAUCAUGAUUGGGCAUCGUAUCGGCGAUUGAGAAAUGACGUCACAGCAAAGAUCCGUAAAGCGAAGAAGGAUUAUAUUUCUACCUCAAUUAGUAGUAGCAAUGGUCAAUCUACAAAUGUAUGA